AUGUAUAAACUGCCAAUUCCUUAUCCUCAAAGAUUUAUGAAGAAGAAACUUGAUGAGGAAUUCGCUAAGUUCUUGGAAAUUUUCAGAAAAAUCAACAUCAACAUUUCUUUCAUUAAUGCAUUAGAGCGGAUGCCAAAUUAUGUUAAGUUUAUGAAGGAGGUGUUGACAAAGAAAAAGAAAUUUGCAGAUUAUGAAACUCUGAGCUUAACUGAGGAAUGUAGUGCCAUAAUUCAGAAGAAGCUGCCUCAAAAGUUUAAAGAUCUAGGUAGCUUUUCGAUUCCUUGUGAGAUUGGUGGUUUAACAUUUGAGAAGUCUUUAUGUGAUCUUGGGGCUAGUAUAAAUUUAAUGCCAAUUUCGGUAUUCAAAAAAUGGGGUAUUAAUGAAGUAAAGCCCACAACAAUUUCAUUACAAUUGGUAGAUCGAUCAUUCACUUAUCCAAGGGGAGUUAUAGAAGAUGUGCUAAUUAAAGUGGGUAAGUUAGUGUUGACAUGGAAGAAGAUAAGGAUAUGCCACUACUACAAUUUGAACUUUUAG